GCAGUGGAGAGAGGAAAAACUCAUUAAGAGAAACAACACCAUUCUUGGUAUUUUGGCAACAGUGGUCAGAAGACUAAGUGCGAAAACUGCAGUAAUUUAAAACCGACUUCUAACAAAGGCGACGAUGCAUCGCAUACCAGGCAACCAGCAUCUGAACAUUAGCUCGCAGUCACCAUUUGUCAAGAGCACAUCAACACCUACACUAGGCUUAUUACCAUGGAAAACACGGCCAUUUGGAUCUUUUGGAAUUAAUGCAGACAGGUUUGGCACCCCUGGAUACCCGUCACCUCUUGAUCGUUUCAGAUGUCGACGCCAGUUGUCACAGUUACAUCACAAUGCCAGCUUUUCUCACUUCCCCAGAGUUCCCAGCAAGUGUAGUAGGUUGCAUCAUGCGGCCUCUGUGUCACGUCUUAGUGUAAUGCCAGGCAAUGGUCUCCAUAGUUUUAGCUUCUCUCCGGGGCUGUCAAAGGGGUCGUUUGGUUUCUCUGAGAAGGCCCCCAUUGGUCAGUGGCUUUUCCGGAACUUCGUUGGAGGCGGAACCUGUGGACCUGUUUUCCCAACAUCUAUUGUUAACCCAAAUAAAGCAGUCCUCACACUUGACUCUUCAUCUAGGAUCCUGACAGCAAAUGAUAUGUCUUCCCUUCUCCUUGGUCACCCAGAAGAUAAACUCUGUGGCAAAAUGAAACUGACGGAUUUCGUUACCCAUCCAAGAACGCACGAGGUCCUAAGCUCCCUCUCAAAUUUGUCCCCCACAUCAGAAACAGAUAGCUCAGAUUGCUCCCUACAUACCUUGCCUGACCCUGACAUACUAGAAAACCAAGGGAUGGUUCUCUUCAGUGGUAAAGUUGUCAAUGUCAAUACUUGUGACAAUGGUAGUCUGCCUUGCUCCCUCUGGGUGAAAGGUCUUCAGCAGGAAGCAGAAGAAGAACAGAGAUGGAUUGCAGUCCUUGAACCUGUUGACAUCACUGUGGCUAAGGCAUCUAUUGAUGAAACUGGAAGAAUACUAAAGCACGAUCCAUCAUUCAACUCCCUGUUUGGCUAUGCAGAAAGUAGUGAACUGAAUAAACUGAAUAUCAGAGACCUCAUUCCAGCAAUUAAAGUACCUGACAUGUCCAAAGAAAUACCAAAGAAUAUUGAGAAGCAGCACUGCACGGGACAAACUGUAGACUGUGCAACAUUUCCUCUGUGUGCUCACUUCACUGUAGAUCCAUCUCAGUUUGACCAAGGGAUUAAGAAAACUGUUUUUGACAUAGAAUUAUGGGUAUUUUCCAAUAUAAGUGGCCUAGUAGUUCUUGAUGGUGCUGGUAGAAUCAGGGACUACAACCACAACUUCACAAGACUGCUGUUUGGUUACGGAAAGAAAGAGCUUCAGGGUGCGGCUAUCACUCACUUGAUACCAACCUUCUUCGAUGAUGUUGCUUCUAUUCACAAGAUGAACAGUCCUUCCUUUGGAUCAGAUCACUCGGAUUCUGCCAUCAGUGAUAGUGAAAAUGACAGUCAGAAAGAGAAUAGCAAGUCGUCGGCUGGAAUAACGGAACUCUCAUCUGGAACAGAGCUCUCAUCAGCAAUUAAAGGAAACUGUGCUUUCAUGGCCACUGAUAGGGACCAAAAGAGCCAACGUUGCUGCAAAAACACAGCAAAGGCCAAUCCCGAAGCUGACCCUCUGAAGGAAAAAGGUCUGCUAGCAGAUUAUAAAACUAGUGAAGAAGUGGAAGCUGAUGAGAGAUCCCUGGAUGAUUUGAAACUGGUAAACUACUUAAUGAGUUCCCACUCUUGCCACAAAUCAAGGCCAGAGCCACAAACAACCAUAUACAUCAAAACACCUAUCAGAGUAGCUUACAAGCACUUUGCUGGAGGAUAUAGAGGACCUGAUGAAUCUGAAGAAAAGUUGUUAGCUGGCAGUUUUAGUGAUCACUAUACAGUUCUUAGACAGAUUGGAAAGGGAGCUUUUGGGUGUGUUAAGAUGAGCUAUCGAAACACUGAUGGACUUCUGGCAGUGACAAAAUUCAUAAAGAAGAACAAAGUGUACCAGGAGAGUUGGGUUAACGAUGUCUUGCUUCGCAAGAAAGUGCCUCUUGAAGUGUCUCUCUUAAUGACCUUAGAUCAUCCGAAUAUAGUCUCUGUGUUGGAUUUAUUUGAAAAUGAAGACUAUUUUCAACUGGUUAUGGAAAAAUGGGGUGCCGGAAUGGACCUCUUCGAGUUCAUCGAUCGUAAUCCUAUACUGGAUGAACCACUUGCCUCUCACAUAUUUAGACAGAUUGUGUCUGCCCUGUCAUACCUUCAUUCCUUGAACAUCAUUCAUCGUGAUGUGAAAGAUGAAAAUGUUAUUCUUGAUAACCGGUUUCAUGUAAAGCUGAUUGACUUUGGCUCGUCGGCCUUCACAAAGCCAGGAAAAAUGUUCUCCCAGUUUGCUGGAACAGUUGAAUAUUGUAGUCCUGAGGUGCUGAAAGGGAACAAGUACAGUGGUUAUGAAUUGGAAGUUUGGUCUCUUGGAGUAACUUUGUAUACAUUAAUGUAUGGUGAAAAUCCGUUCUACGAUGUAGAUGAAACGAUUAAAGCUGACUUAACGUUUCCAUUUGUUUACUCGGAAGACUUGCGCUCUCUUCUAACUGGGAUGCUGAAGAAAGAUGUGAAGGCUCGAAUGACGCUUCCACAAGUAGAAAGUCAUCCAUGGACCAAGCAGCCAUGUGACAUAGAGAAUUAUAGAUUUCAGGAUGUUGUCAGAUGUUCAUAUGAUGAAAUUUACCCAAAGAAGUAUGUUACUGACUACAGUGAAAGUGAUACCUCAUUGUCAACAUCUCAUAGUUUUUUGUAUGAAGACACUGCACAUAUGAGGAGAUCAUUGUCAUUUACCCCGCAAGGAAGCAAAAAUGAUAAUGAUGUUGUGCGAAUGCAGAGGUCUGCCACAUCCCUGAGUUCCUCCCGUAUAGUCUCAGAAAUGUCAGAAGAAGACAAUAUAUAUGAUCGCUCACUGUCAGUUGGAGCAUCCAGAAGUUCUACCUCACAGUCAAUGUCUUCAGUAAGGAGUACAAUAACUGUUGAUUCCUCUUCGUUCUCAUGCUGUUCACCCUCAUCUGAAUCAACUGAGAGUAGUAGUGACUCCUCCACUCAGCUAGAUUCUACACCUUCAUCUGUGUCAGCUACAUGCUACGACAACUUGAGUACCAGCAGUAACACCUUGUCUCAACAGAGUUCAGAAGACAGGAGCAGCCUGGAGAAUCUUUCUGCAGAGUAUCGUAGAUUUGAUGUAUCCACUUUCAGCAAUUACUCAGAUUAUGAUAAUGACAAGGAGAGUGAAUUAUCAGACUACGAAAAUGUGAGAAGCCAUAGAGAUGUCAGUUUGGAAAUUCAAAUAACCUAUAAAGACUCUGAAGAUGAUGGAACAGAAAGCCAGGAAUCAAUUGAGGAUGACGAUGAAGACAACACGGAACAAAAUGAAGAGUGUGUAGAGGGCUGGACGGGAGUAGAGAAUAAAGGUGAUUGUUUUCUCUACUGUGGAAAUGAGAACUCGCUGGUCAGUACAUGUGCUGAUGAAAGGCCACAUAAAACAGAUUCUUGUGCAUUAAAGUACUUAAAUUCAUCAGUAGAAGAUUGUGAUAAUUAUGGUUGGCAUGAAAGUAAUGAUGAUUCAGGAGGCAGUGCCGGUUCUUUCUCAAACGAUAACUCUAGUCCUCUUUCAGAUAACCUAGAUACUCCUUGAGUAUAAGAAACAUCAAUAUAACUAACCCUCAGGUAUUUAUUAUAGCAUACAGUUAGAUGUAACCAGAAUUUUCAGCUUGUUAGUGGAACAUAUAUUGUUGUUGAGCCAUUUUAGGAUGUUCAUUGAUAAGAGGAAAUAGGAGUUUGCUGCAUGUCACGUACCAUUUUAGAGAAGACAAGAUCUGUGAGAUAUAGGCUGCUGAUUGUCACAUUUUGGUCACAAUAGGUUAAGUUACUUGUUAGACUAAUACCAGUAGUUAUUUAUUGGUUAUUGUUUCACAAGCUUCUGCAGUGGCCAGUGAUGGUGAAAUUGCUAUAAGAAGGGAGGUGAGCAUAAUUCAUUACUAAAGAUAUGGUAGUAUUUGACACUACUGUUGUGUUCUUUUAUUUUUUAUUCAAUGAUCUGGUGUUUAAAAUCUUUACUCAGUAACUUUUGUUUAAGUACUUAGACAACCAUAAUCAGGAGAUAUAUUUUAUGUGAUGUACUCUAAGUUGAAUAGUUAUCAUUAUGUAAGUGUUUAGUAGCAAAAAGUUUAUUUAUUUAAAACAGUGAUCUCUAAUUUAGGUAAGUACAGCAAAUGUAAAUUUUGUACUGCAAUGUACAAUUAGUUGAAGAUGUGUGUAAUGUGACCUUAAGGAGUCCCUUGAACUGAGUUUUAUGUUUUGAGUAUGUUUCGUUUUAAUUAAUUUUUUCAAAAUAGAUGGCUUCGAUAAUAGAUGUAAGAUUUUUUAUAAUAAGUAGUUUACAUAAAUGCUAUAUAUAUAUAUAUAUAUAAAAUGUAAGAGUAUGAAAAGUAAGCAUGUAAAUUUAGUUGUAUGGAAAUAAGAAAACAUAUAAGUAUUUUGUUUACCUGAUAUUUUUCUAGUUCUGUUAGUGUGUAAGUCAGGUGAUAAUAGUCAUGACUGUUUACAUGUUUUCAAGGCUGAGAGGAAGUGAGUGGAUUAGUUUAGGUUUCCUUCAAGUAUUGCUUUCCAAAGUGAUGUUUUCCUUUCAAAUAUUUAUCAACAAUAGGUUAAAUACUCAGUGUUACCGCACACUAGUUAUUACUAAAAUGCUGAACUGCUGACCUAAUUUGUACAAGUUUUGCAAGAACAGAUUAAUUGCUGUUAUGAAGGUUUUUGAUUCAAUAUGCAAGUCAUAACGUACCGUACACUGUAAUCGUACGUCCUUUCAUAGUAAUGGUACUGUGCUCUAUUAUAUGCAAAAUAUUUGAUAACUAAUGUAGUUAUGUUGAGUUGAUUGUGCCAGGAUCUAAAUUUAGAACCAUAAUCAAGACUUCUAUGAUUGUGUAUUGAAUUUAUUUUAUUAGCUCAUAUGGAUUGAAAAGAGACAAUUGUUUUUAAAUACACAAACUAUUGUGUUUUGAAAGCGAAUUCAUACCUUUUUCCUAGAUUUUAUAUUUUUAUGAUUAUCAUUUUCUUUUUUAGGCAUUUUCAGUAAAUUCUCAUUAAAACUUUUAAUUCAGAA